AUGAGCCCGAGUCCCGAAAGACGAGGUUCCCCCGAAGAGUCGGAGGCAAUCUGGCAUCCUGCACACGAAUGGCUAGAAGAAUCUGAGUCUGAAUCCGAUCCCGAUCCCGAUUACGACCCCACCCACGACAACGACAACGACAAUGACCUCGACAACGAAUGGGAGAUACACGGUACGAUUGCAGAUCAGUCGAUGGACCCUCUGACUCUAGAUGACAGUCCUAGCAUCAACAUCGGUAACAUUGAGAUCGAGCUCACAGGCGCGGGUUUGGAUGGCGAAAGAACACGUCUUCCGACUACCCGAAUAUUAGAAUUGCUUUCCGAGACUGGAUUACAAAACCUGCUUCAAUUCCGACAACCAGAAGGCUGGCCGUUUGGCUCCGAAGAAGACCCGAGACAACCAAGCAUCGAUGAAGAUGAUAGUGAUGACCAAGAUAGUUUCAUUCCCAUGCUACGUCGUCACGUAAGAGCAGCCAGAAGACGACCCCCCGCCGAAUUGCCUCCUGUUCCCAACCCAGAAGGCAAGAAAUUGAUGAGUGAAGGCCAUUUUGGAACUGAUCAAUACUAUGUCGAUCGUCUCAAGCAGCGCAAGAAGUCGCUGGCGACGAAUCUCAUGUGGCGCGAACUGGGUGUCGACCCCCACGGAGUACGCAAACGUGCGAACCAAUACAUUUCACAGAGCUUGAUUCCAGGCUCUGCUGCAGAUAGAAUCAUUCAUUACGACUCCCGAAGCUACUCAGGUCAAUUCUCGGACGAUGGCAAUUUCUUCUUUUGUUGUGCACAAGACUUCAAAGUUCGGAUGUACGACACUUCGGAUCCUUACGACUGGAAAUAUUACAAAACCGUCGAUUAUCCAUUCGGCCAGUGGACCAUCACUGAUGCGACUCUGAGUCCCGACAACCGGUUUCUGGUUUACAGCUCAAUACGCAGUCAAGCAUACAUGGCGAUGACAGAUCCAGAAGACGACUCGGAUCCCACUCUCCUCGAUUUUUCAGCCCCACAAGGGCGAAGGCAACGUGGGAGCUCGCAUUUUGGAAUUUGGUCUCUCCGAUUUUCAGGAGAUGGACGUGAGGUCGUCGCGGGUACCUCGGAAGACUCGGUCAUCGUUUAUGACAUAGAAACGAAGCAACCCGUUCUCAAUCUACGUGAUCGACAUGAGCACCAUGUCAACGCAGUCUGCUACGGUGAUACAUCGUCACCACAUAUUUUAUACUCUGGGUCCGAUGACACGACAAUCCGAGUUUGGGAUCGACGAUCUAUGGGCGACGGGCGUGAAGCCGGAGCCUUCAUGGGCCACACCGAAGGAUUGACAUAUGUUGAUAGCAAAGGCGACGGUCGAUAUGUUUUGUCCAACAGCAAGGACCAGACAAUGAAGCUUUGGGACUUGCGCAAGAUGAUGACCUCGGCUGACGUGGAGGAUUUCGACCCUCAUGGCUACAUGACUGAAUUCGACUACCGAUUCGAACCGUAUCCAGAGGAAUACCGCCAAAACCCAAAGAACGACUGCUCUGUUGUUACAUACAGGGGUCAUCGUGUGCUCAAGACGUUGAUCCGAUGCCACUUCUCGCCACCAGACAGCACAAACUCCCGCUAUGUGUAUAGCGGUAGCGAGGAUGGAAAGGUCUACGUUUGGAACAUGGAUGCUACACUUGCGGAUACAAUUGACGUCAGGGAAGCAACUGUCGACUCACGGCCCCGUGAACCAGAGGCAUACGCAACGGCCUAUGAGAUGAGUGGAGAGAUGGUAUGGAGGACUUGUGUUCGAGAUGCAAGCUGGCACCCGAACGCCCCAGUUUUAGCGGCAACUUCCUGGAAUGGUUGGGGAUUGUCCUCUGGAACCUGCACUGUGCACUCAUGGAAUGGGGGUGCCGCCACUGACGAAGGCAGCCCACCUCUAGGCAAGAAUUAUGAUGAUAAGUUGCGUCCCAUUCCCGAGUUCAACAAUUACCGUGAAAACGCCCCGUUUAAUCGUCCUCGGCGACCACUUCGCAGUCGGCCUGUUCGCCGAUGGGCUAUGAACGAUCAGGCUGAACCCGAGAUAUGGUGA